AUGCGCAGACCACGCACACAAACACACAUCCCCUCUCCCCAGAAGAGGAGGCCGUACCGGGCUUGCAGCGCUGCUUCCCCAGGCGGCGGUGGUAGGGGUACCCGGGGGUCGCGGGCUCCGGCCUGGGUGGCGGGUUUCCUUAGCAACCAAACGGCUCCCAGCGCUGCACCGAUCUGGCAAGCUUGUCCCCUUCAGGCCGCAGAGCUGGCGGCACCGGGGGGAUUGCAAAGUCCCGAAAGCCUCUCCAAUAUUCCUCUGUCAACCUCAGAAGUGUAUAAGAUAAGCUUUAUAUUUCCAAAUGGAGACAAGUAUGAUGGUGACUGUACAAGAACACCUUCUGGAAUCUUUGAGAGAAAUGGAGAAGGGAUUCAUACCACCCCUGAUGGGAUUAUUUACAAAGGAAGUUGGAAAGAUGACAAGAUGAAUGGCUUUGGAAGACUCGAGCAUUUUUCAGGAGCAGUAUAUGAAGGACAUUUUAAGGACAAUAUGUUUCACGGAUUGGGGACUUAUACAUUCCCAAGUGGGGCAAAGUACACUGGAAAUUUCAAUGAAAAUAGGGUUGAAGGUGAAGGACAGUAUACUGAUAUCCAAGGACUAGAAUGGUGUGGUAACUUUCAUUUCAGAGCUGCUCCAGGCCUGAAACUAAAGCUACUCAUGUAGAUGCCCUGCACUGAAGUUUUAAUGUGGUGCUUGAAGCUUUUAGUUGAAAUGACUUCAUACACUUGCCAAUAAAAUCAUUACUAAUGCCUUUUUCAGCUUUGUUUUCAUCAUUUUAUAAUUGGUUUAAAAUAAGUUAUAUCAUUCAAUUGAGACUUAGCUUAUUUCAGUAAAUACAACAGAACCAUCAGAUCUUGGCAAAGUCAGUUUUCAAUCUGUGCCUUAGUUUUUUCAUCUUUAAAAAGUACAUCUGUGCAUCAAAGGACAUUAUCAGGAAUGGGAGAAUACAAGAAAAUCAAGUAUCUGAUAAGGGUGUGUUGUUGUUGUGUUCCAUUGAGUAGAUUCUGACUCAUAGUGACCCUAUAGGACAGAGUAGAACUGCAUCAUAGGAUUUCUAAGGUCGUACUCUUUAAUCUUUAUGGAAAUAGACUGCUACAUCUUUUUCCCUCAGAGUGGCAAGUGGGUUCAAACCGCCAGCCUUUCAGUUAGCAGCCAAGUGCUUUGGUCUGCUUCAGAAUAUAUGAAGAGCUCUUACAACUCAACAAUAAAAAGACAACACAAUUAAAAAAUAGGCAAAGAAUUUGAAUAGACAUUUCUCCAGAGAAGAUAUGCAAAUGGCCAAUAAGCCUAUGAAAAAAUGUUGUAAAUCAAAACUAUAAUGAAAUAUCACUUCCCAACCACUAGGAUGGCUUUGAUACAAAAGACAAUAGAUGAUAUUGGUGAGGAUGUGGAAAAGUCAGAACCCUCAAACAUUGCUGGUGGGGAAUGUGAAAUUGUGCAACCACUGUGGAAAACAGUUCCUCAAGAAGUUAAACAAAGAGUUUCCAUAUGACCCAGGAAUUCUAUUCCUAAGUGUGCACCCAAGAAAAUUAAAAACAUAUGUUCACAAAAAGGUGUGUAAAUGAAUGUUCAUAGCAUCAUUAUUGAUAAUAGCCAAAAAGUGGAAACAACUCAUGUCCAUCAACUAAUUGAUGGGUAAACAAAAUGUAGCAUGCCAUACCCAAACCAAAACCAAACCCAGUGCCGUUGAGUUGAUUGCGAUUCAUAGCGACCCUAUAGGACAGAGUAGAACUGCCCCACAGAGUUUCUGAGGAGCGCCUGGUGGAUUCAAACUGCCGACUCUUUGGUUGGCAGCCGUAGCACUUAACCACUAUGCUACCAGGGUUUCCAGCAUACCGUACAACUGAAUAUUAUUCAGCCAUAAAAAAGGAAUGAAGUACGGAUACAUGCUACAAAAUGGAUGAACCUUGAAAACACCGCUAAGUGAAAGAAACCAGUCAUGAAAGAUUCCAUUUAUAUGAAAUACCCAGAAUAACAAAUCCAUACAGAUAGAAAGUAGAUUAGUUGUUGCCAGGGGAGGGGGAAGUUAGGAGGUACUGGGAUCUUUGGGGGGUGAUGGAAAUGUUCUAGAACUAGAUAGUGGUAAUAGUUGCACAACCUCGUGAAUAUACUAAAAAUUGCUGAAUCAUACACUUUAAAAGGGUGAGUUUUAUGGUACAUGAUCUAUAUCUCAAUUUUUUAAAAAGUACAUCUCUGUCCUUAUGUAUUCUAUGCCCAGAAAACUUCUUCACCUUUUUGAAAAAAUAAUACUGUUAGCUACGUUUAAAAGUUACAAUAAAGACCUGUUUUCGUUGAAACUCUGUUUUCCAAAGCUGACAAAAGUGGUAUAUAUAAUAGAUAACCUGUGUCAUAUUUCUUCACUCAAGAUGUUGUGGAUUUUCAUAACCUAAAAAGGUUGUAUUUUUGUUUUUUACUAACCAUAAAUCUGGGUUGAAAUGUCUUUUUAAACUGCUUAAAUAAAAUGACGUUUUUGUUACUUUUUCAUUUCAAUAGCUUUGUGUGUUAUUUCAGAAGACCCUGUUUAUAAGUGUUUAAAGCUACAUUUAAAAAAUUAGACAUUCUUGAAUGUGUUGCUUUCAAUUAACUGGUUUAGUUUUAGAAUGAAAUAUUAUUAUUGUACUGGAAUUUAUAAGGAGAUAAAUACUGGUCAAGUUAAGAUAAGGGAAGACGAUGUUUUCAGGUUCAAGGACAUAUAAUGUGAAUUUCAAAAUUUCUGGAAAAUACUUGUUAGAAAAGUGUCUGCUUUACUGCAAAUUGAAUUUUCCCCAGUAAUAUUUUUCUUCAAAGAAAUUAUUUAAGGUAAUCAAGAUAUAUAUUUUACUUUUAAAAUCUAACUUUUUACUGCUAUAAAAAUAAUUUUUCAAUGUAUAAAUUCCC